UCUUGGACGGCUGAGACCGGUGGUCAGAAUGCGUCGGUCAGCACUGUUUUUAGCGGCUGUGGUUCUCUUUAGUGGGAUCUACGCAGAAGAAGCUAGUGAGGCUGUCAUCCCAGAAGAUAGCGGAAAAUCUGGCGACUCUGGAGAAAGUGAAAAACAUGUUAAGCCUGCCCAUCCAGUUGAAUCGCUGAAUCCCGACCCAGAAGAUUUUCUCAACAGGGGUAAAAAUUACACUUUUAUCUGUGACGUUAAGCAAAAUUUCUUCUCGGCAUGGCGUAAAUGUAUCGACCGAAAGCUAGAACUGGCCACGAUUGAGUCCCUCGAGGAUAAUUUGGCUUUUGAGGCUGCGCUGGGAAGUUACCGUGAACAGGUUUAUACCAGCGGAACCGACAUGGGCAAGGAAGGUUCGUUUGUGUGGUUGGUGAACAAACGUGUGAUACCGGGCUGGAACAAUUUUGAAGCGUGGGAAACCGGAGAGCCCAAUAAUAAUGCCGGAAAUGAGAAUUGUUUGGUUGGUAUCGUGAAGGGCGGAAGAGUCCAGUGGAACGAUAUACCGUGUAACAAUGAAUACUGCUACAUGUGCCAGGAUAUUUUGACAUAGGUUCAACGAAAGUCAUGUGAAAAAUAGUAUUUGUAAUCAAUGUUUUAUAAUAAAGAUCAAUUGAUAAAGGGAA